AUGUCUUCAACACAUGAUAUCUGCGACCCAAUAAAAUUUGUCAAGUUGGAUUUCACAGAAUUUGACAAUAUAUGUUCGAUAAUAUCCAAUAUGUGUCAUUCAAUCAAUACUUGGCUUCAAGUGAACGAUAUAGAAGUUGUUUCCUACCUACAUAUCUGUCUAGAAGCUUAUGUCGUUAUCAAUCAACAGAACCUACGAAAUCGUGCUGGUAGAUACGACCCAGCAAUAGACUUUUUACCAUCACUUGUUCAUAUUUUUAAAUUGCCAACAUAUUUUAAAAGUGUAAUACGAGAAAUGGCUCGACCAAUGUAUGAUCAAAAUGGAACAAUAUAUAUACCAGACAUACCGUCAAUAUCCAUAAAUGCAUUUGUUGAUAAUUCCAAGUUGAUGAUUAGGUCACAAAUAUUAAAGAUUUUGGGAGAAGAUUUGAAUAUUCCCUUGUCCCCCAUUGAUAUAGAACCAUUCAUCAAACCGAUCCCGUUUGGUGUAUAUCAUGAAAAUUCCAAUGAAAUUUUAUCAUUUGCAAAAUUACCACAUUAUAGAACAAAAGCUCAAAACGCGUUAAGACAUAUUCGUUUCCAACAAAUUUUACCACUACAAACAUUGGAUGGGAAAUAUCAAGCGGUGUUGGAAGAUGAAGAAACAGUUCAAAUUUUUGAUAGUUUACAAGAUUUAAGCCAAUUCACCAACCCACGAUUUGGGUUCUAUUAUCGUGACAAAGUCGGGAAAGUUCAAAUCAAUAAUAUCCCAAUGUAUAGAACAUUACAUGGAUUUUAUAACAUCCCUGGGAAAUUGCUGGUUGAUGAUGUCAUUAGUUUCCCAACUGAAGUUCCCAAAGCAAAGAAACGCAAACAUAGUCAUCAUAGAAAUAAAAAGAACCGAAGCAGCAAAGAUACUGGUAGUAGUGGGUUUACUUUCGCAACAGCAACAACCCCCACAAGUUUUACAAGUGAUGCUGCAAGCAGAUUCACCUCUGAUGCUAACAGUAAAUACACCCUCAAUUCUUCAUUGGACUCACCACAAACUGGUGGAGAAUCAAGUAGUUUAAAUAGUAUUUUCAAUAGUUCACCAAUAAGGUAG